AUGAAGGAAUCUCGUUCCUGGUUGAAUGUUGCUAUCGUCCUCUUCGUCUGUCUCGGCUCGAUCUCAUAUGGCUACUCCGCCUCCAUCAUCGCGACCACGCUCGGCCAACCGCAGUUCCUCUCCUACAUGAACCUGCUGCCGUCCAAUCCGCAGGCCAACGCCUUGAUCGGCGCCACCAACGGCCUCUUCCAGACUGGGGGCCUGUUCGGGUCCCUCUCCAUCGGCCCGUUCGCCGACAAGUUUUCUCGCCGCGGCAGCAUCGCGAUUGCGGCCGGCACGCUGGUGUUUGGCGGUGCCCUUCAAGCCGCCAGCCAGAAUGUCGGCAUGUAUCUGGCCUUUCGCUUCAUUACGGGAUUCGGUGUUGGCUUGAUCGUGGGUUCUGUUCCAUUGUACCAGAGUGAAGUCUCGCCACCGCACUCCCGGGGCUUGCUCGUCGGGCUCCACGGCGUCUUGCUCGCCCUGGGAUACUCCCUGGCCGGCUGGAUCGGAUAUGCUUGCUACGCGAUGAAGGGCAACAUGCAGUGGCGACUCCCCCUUGGGAUUCAAUGCGUGCCUCCGGGAUUGCUUCUCUUGGGGAUAUAUACACUGCCAGAGUCUCCGAGAUGGCUUGUUCAACACGGCAAGCUUGAGCAGGCACGCGCCGUGCUACACCGGAUCCACCACGACGCCGCAGACCCAGAAGGUGCCUUUGCCGAGAAGGAAUUCUACGACAUCAAAGCGCAGUGUGAGCUGGAGAACACGACCGGCGCAGGCACCUGGAAGAGCCUCUUCACGGGCAAGCACAACCUCAAGCGUCUUGCGCUAGGAUUCGGGACAAUGUUCGGCCAGCAAUGCACAGGUACCAUCGUGAUCAACAACUACGGCGUGACCCUGUAUUCCAACGUCGGGUUCUCGGGACGUCAGGCACUCGCCCUCACUGCUGGAUGGGUCACGGUGGCCAUCCCGUGCAACAUGAUCACAUCUCUUUUCAUCGAUCGACUCGGGCGGGUACGAUUCCUCCUCAUCGGUUUCAUCGGCGUAGUGUGCGUCCUGAUCGGCGAGUGUGUCACCUUGGCAGUGCUCGAGCACCGGAGCAGUUUCUCACUGAGCUGCCUGGCCAUCUUCUUCCUCUUCGGGCACAUCUUCUUCUGUGCGACAUGUAACGACGCCACCACGUACAUUUACUCGUCCGAGAUCUUCCCCACGCACUUGCGGGCGAAGGGUCUUUCGGUCAGUCUGGCCGGGCUGUUCCUCGCCUCCUUGACCUACACCCAGGCGGCGUCCAGCGCCUUUGCCGCCAUCGGUUGGAGGUACUAUCUGCUGUUCUUAUGUCUCUCCGCCGUCAUGGUGGUCAUCAUCUACUUCUUCUUCCCGGAAACCAAAGGUCUGAGUCUGGAGGAGAUGUCGAGGGUCUUUGGUGACCCCGUGGCGGUCGACGAGACCAGCAGUGUCGGGGCAGCAGCUGAGAUCAAGGAGUCGGUGGAGAUGAAGGCCUGA